AUGGCGGCCAUUACGAUAAGUGCUCUCACGGCUUUCUUCUCGGACGAGCCGAAAUCAAUCCAACGAGGUGAAAAUCACUUCAGAUCCGACCAUGUUGAAUCUUUUUAUUAUUCUGAUGGAGUAAUUCGAGGAUCAGUGCACGCUAGUAUGAAGAACAAGUCCUAUAAAGUCACGGUAUUCCUCCGUAAUGAUGAAAUAAUAUCAUCUGAGUGUGAAUGUCCUCGUGGAAGUUACAAGUGUGCUCAUGCCGCUGCAAUUAUAAUCCAUGGGAUCCACAACCUUAGUCGAACAGAUGUCGAGUGUGAAUGGAAGAAGCAGAAGGCUCCGCUAGAUGUAAAAUCUGUAGAAGAACUCUAUCCAUGCCCAAAAGAAUACAACUGUCUUAAACGAGAGGUUAAUGAUGAUGAUAGGUCCUGGUUCUACCAAGAACUCAAAAAGUAUGGCAGCUUUACUGGUACUUUGUGGCUUCUCUCUCCCGAACCAGCAAAAGCUCUACUCCCAAUUACCCCCGUUGAAGACAUCAUUGUAUCAUCAGAAUUCAUUAAUCAUAAUAACCAGCGUGAAUAUCUUGUUAAAAGAUUAGAAAUCACUGCAGAACAGCGGUUGAAAGUGAAUCAAGUCACCAUAAAACAACGAGAAAACCCCUCUUGGCAUAUUUUACGAAAGGGAAGACUGACUGCAAGCAAUUUUGGGAGUGUGCUAAAGGCUAAAAAAGCAACUCCAUCGUUCAUCAAGCGAGUCCUUGGCCAGUAUGAUUUGUCUGGAGUAAAGGCCAUUCACUGGGGGAUCGUUAAUGAAAAUGAGGCAAGGAAAGUAUUUGAGCAGAAAACAAAUUUAAAGGUAGAGGAUUCCGGGCUAUGGCUUGAAUUGUCUGGCAUUUUGGGUGCCUCCCCUGAUGGCUUAAUUGAUGAAAAUGCAUUGCUCGAAAUAAAAUGCCCUUACAGCCAGAGAGAUUGCACCAUUGAGGAAGCAAUCAGAUCAGAAAACUUUUAUAUAAAAAAAUAUGAUGAUGGUGUGUAUCAACUGAAACAAACACACGAUUACUGGCAUCAAAUUCAAGGCCAGCUUCACUUGACUGACAGGGAAGUUUGCUUUUUUGUUGUUUGGACAACAAAACAAUCCUUUAUUAUUCAAAUCAAGAAAGAUCCUGCAUGGGCUGAGAAUCUGCUCAUUUUGAAGGACUUUUACAUAAAAAAUAUGAUUCCUGCAUUUGCAAAAGAUCUUUUGUAAUUGUAUUUUACAAGUAUUUGUCUAAAUAUUAUAAUUGCUUGUCUUUCAAAUGGUGUAUACAUCAAAGUUAAUAAAACAAGAAAAUUUCACAGUACAAUCCAACACAAUUUUUGAGUAUGAUGUAUUGAUCAGUAUGAUUAAGUUUUUAAUUAGUAUGAUUGAUUUUAUGGAAAUAAACAGCAUCCAGUUUUGAAUAUAAGACAAUCUUUAUUGCAAACUGUAAAGGGCAACCAAACAUUUGAAAGAAUGUUAAG